UACAAAGACUCCUAGUGUGAUUAUAAGAUGAUGAAGGAAGUUUAGCGGAGUUAUUCACUGUCAGCAAUCGAUUGGGAAAGCCGUGUAGCCAUGGCUGUAGCUUACGGGAAAGCGUAAGCUAUUAUGACUUGAAUCCCUCUACGUACAAAAUCCCAACGGCUUCAAAGAGUGGUAAUCGACCCAGACUUAAAUGCUAGAGUCCAUGGAGAAUAGUUGCAUUCUAGCUUUUCAGCCCUAUACAGCGUUCCAUCUACCGAUUCACUGAAAAGCAAGGAGAAUGUUACGCAAUAAAUAGCUUCCCCGCAAUCCUAUCAAGACAAGCCCGGAUCACCCCCCUAGACUAGACGAUCCAAGGCGGCGAAUGAUAUGCGAUGGUGCUGAAAACACCUGGGAAUUCAGCUCUAUCACGCCCUGGAACAGUAAUCAGAUGCGACGAUUCGGCCCGUGGCAAUAUUUCUUGUCAGCCAGCAUGGCUCCAAAGAAUCCUCACAUCCGAUGCGGUGUGUUAUUUCAUAAGUUUAACAUCCGCAUUCUAGAGAGUCUAACCUAGCGUGGUCUUCUCAUAGAUAGAUCUUAUCUUAUGAGAGUUUUCCAUCGACAAUGAAACUAGCUAUUCCUCUAAUAUUCAUCGCUCUUGGUGCCAAGGCAAAAUGCGAAACCUUUGACUACGUGAUCGCCGGCGCUGGUACGUGCGGACUUGUGCUAGCAAAUCGAUUAUCAGAAGACCCGAAUAUCAAAGUCGCAGUUGUCGAACCGGGUGAUGAUGUUCGCAACAACCCCAAUGUCACAGACGUUGGCGCGUUCCUCCGCGCCUUAAAUACCGAGAUCGAUUGGCAAUAUGCUACGACGCCACAGCCGGGAGCUCAUAAUAAAUCAAUCCCUUUCCAUGCUGGCAAGGCCAUUGGAGGGACUAGUACAAUCAAUGGUAUGACUUACAUCCGAGGCGACAAGGCUCAGUUUGACGCAUGGAAAUCUCUCGGGAACGACGGUUGGAAUUGGGACACAUUAUAUCCUUAUUUCAAACAGGUCGAACAGUUCUCUCCUCCCACUACAGCCCAGCAGGCCGCUGGCGCCACUUUCAAUGCAGAAUAUCACGGUAAGGACGGAUUGGUGAAAACGGGGUUUCCAUUUAGACUCCUUAACGGAUCCUUCUACGAACUCGCUCAACAGGCUUGGGAGAGUUUGGGUUACCCCCUCAACCUAGACGUCAAUGGUGGUGAAACACGCGGGUUUGAUGUUUGGCCACAGACAUUAGACAGAAACGCAAACAUUCGAGAAGACGCCGCUCGAGCGUUCUACUAUCCUAUUGAACAGAGACCUAACCUCAAGAUCAUUAAGGGGACAGUGACGAAAUUGACUUGGGGGAAUUCAUUAACAGACGACAACGCGCUCUUAGCAGAUGGUGUUGAAUAUCUGGAUCCUACCGGCCAAACGGUCGUUAUAAGCGCAGCGAAAGAAGUCAUACUGUCCGCCGGGUCUUUAAGAAGCCCUCUAAUCCUUGAACGCUCAGGUGUUGGAAAUCCGAGUAUCCUUAAAGAGCACGGCAUAGAAACGAAGAUCAACCUCCCCGGAGUGGGUGAGCAUUUGCAGGACCAGCCCAACGUGGCCCUCGAGUACACCUCAAAUAUCAAUCUAACAGGAACUAUACCAUACGCAACAUUUGCCACAGCCCAAGACCUAUUCGGCAAACAGACAUCUGCAGUGGCAGAGGCGACAUAUGCCAAGCUAUCCGAAUGGGCUCGAAAGGUCUCAGAUAUUAAUAACAGAGCUAUUGAUGCUCACCAAUUAGAAAAGAUAUUCCGCAUACAGCACAAUCUAAUCUUCAAAGACAAUGUUACAAUUGCUGAAACCCUAACCUCGGCUUCCGGCAAUAUCCUCCUAUCAGCAUUUUGGCCUUUGCUGCCUUUCUCUCGAGGUAGUGUCCACCUCAAGUCAAUCGAGGCCAGCGAUCCCGCAAUUGACCCGGAGUACUUCUUAAUCGAUUUCGAUCUCGCAAUCCAAACCGAGCUUGGGCGGCUCUCGCAAGAUCUCUGGCAUACAGACCCGAUCAGCGAUGUUGUAGUUGGUAAUCUAGUCCCUGGCGACGAAGCACUGCCUCGCAAUGCUACUGAUGCUCAAUGGGCGGCUUUCAUUGCAAGCACUGUAACUCCUAAUCACCAUCCUAUCGGGUCGGCCUCGAUGAUGUCCCGCGAGCUCGGAGGGGUCGUUGACCCUAAGUUCAAGGUAUACGGGACAUCUAAUGUUCGUGUGGUCGACGCGUCCGUGCUACCAAUGCAGAUUAGCGGUCAUUUAACUGCCACACUUUACGCCAUAUCCGAGAGGGCAGCUGAAUUUAUUAAAAGUCCAUAGUAUGCCCAAUAAUUACAAGAACAUCUGUAUCUGGAUACUAGAAAACCAUACAGUCAGCCCUGGGUAAUGUCUGGCCCCUAAUUGAAAUGGUAAUGUGGCGUUCUAAAUGCCCCUUAAUUUCUCCAGGUUCUUUAGCCGGCAUAAAUCUAGGGGUCUAAAUGCAUGGUUCUCAACUGGCUCGAACGCGGUGAAGUCUUAGACAACAGUUACCCGAGGCUUCGGGCGCUCCCUUCAGAAGCCACCUUGAUACCUAUGAUGAUUGGAUAGAUAUCUUAUUUUGGGAUACGGCCUUUUCUAAAUUCACUUGCAGCUUUAUCCUGUCCCUGACUACAGACAGCGAUCGCAUGCCUUCUAAGAGAACAAGAAAUAAUAUACCCGAACCGGUCGAGAUUUAACAAGA